AUGGCGCGGCGCCUCGAGGAAGCCACCGAGGACGCCCUCCUGAGCGGAGGAGCUUCCGGCAGACGCGCUGUAGAGGACGCCGGCUUCUCGGACGAGCUGAAGAAGAAGCUCCUGGAAAAGAUCGCCGAUGCCCAGUUCAAGGGCCAGAACGCUGAUGCCGGCCUUCCCCCCGCGGCCGGCCAAGGCACGAGGCACACGGCGGCCGCGCAACCUUGGACGGGAUCCGAGACGACCGAAGACUCCGUCCUCAGGAUGCUCGACGAUGCCCACAAGCCAUUAAAGCCCGGCGCCCGCGGCAAGUAUCAGCCGCCCCCCGUCGACAUGCGCCUGAAGCGGGGUCCGGCCCAGAGCCCCGGACAACGAGCCGUGAGCGCACGAGACCAGGCCUCCAUGUAUGCCAGCAUGGGCAUCAAAGGCUCCAAGGGCUUGAGCGAUGAGGAGCGGGACGAGCUCAAGAGGGAGUUCCGUGAGAGAUUCCAGCCGGGCGCGCGGUCCAUACGCGUCUCCGUGUCGGGACUGGCGGCCCUGGCGAAUGAGCGCAUCGAAAACGCCAUUGCUAGGGGCCAGUUCAAGGACCUACCUCGCGGCAAGGGCGUGGAGAGGGAUCCGCGAGUAGACAAUCCCUUUAUCGACACAACCGAGUACAUCCUGAACAAGAUGAUUCAACGCCAAGACAUUGUGCCACCGUGGAUCGAAAAGCAACAAGAGCUGGUCAAGGCCUCCAGAGUCUUUCGCCAACGGCUGCGCAACGACUGGAAGCGCCACGCGGCGAGGAUGAUUGCAGCCUCGGGGGGUUCGCUGCAGGAGCAGAUGAAGAGAGCCGACGAGUACGCCGCGGCAGAGCGCAUGCACAACCCGCGACAGCGAGGCGCGGAGCACACGGCGGUGCCGACCAACAGCACGGAUCACGCCGUCACGGUUAAGCUGCGGCAGAAAACACAUGGGCCGGCUGAGACACAGCAGGCCCAGCCCGGGGGCGCGUCGCCGCCCCCCUUCCGGGAUGCGGACUGGGAGCAGACGGAGAGCGCCUACAUGAAGCUGUCGAUUGAAAAUCUCAACAACAUCACGAGAAGUUACAACCUCAUGGCGCCGGAGUUGGCUAGGAAGCCGUACUUUUCACUGCAGAGGGAGCUGGCGGCGUGUUUUGCCGACGUGGCGCCCUUGCUGGCAGGCGAGAUCAGGCAGAGAGCGACAGGGAGAGCGAUGGCUCCACGGCCCGGGGCAGCGGCCGCGCGGGAGGGCAGAGGAAUCAUGGGCCACUUGGGGCAUAGGAACUCGGUCAAUGUCCACCUCGAGGCCGAGGACAAGGCGUACGGGUUCCGGGAGUGGUGGGCUGACUUUUGGAAGCGGAGAUGGCGAGGGUGA